GGGAGGAGCGGUACCGCGCCUGCGUACGCUUCCCCUCACGAGGAAAGGGAUUCAGCGGGAGCGUGCCCGCGGCCUAGUGGGAGUGCGCGUGCGCCCCUCGUCUGUCGCAACAUGGAGGAGCUACAAAAAGAUUUGGAGGAGGUGAAGGAGCUUCUGAAAAAAGCAUCAAGGAAGAGAAUUCAUGACGUCUUGCUAGCUGAAAAGAAUAAACUAGAGAAAGAAAUCAAAAACCAACCACCACCUAAAAUAAAAGCAGAGAUAUCAGAAGAAGAAAGACAGCCGGCCACAGGCUACACAGUGAAAAUCAACAAUUACGCUUGGGAUCAGUCAGAUAAAUUUGUGAAAAUCUACAUCACUCUAAGUGGAGUACAGCAUCUCUCAGCUGAGAAUGUGCAAGUCCGUUUCACAGAAAGAUCAUUUGAUCUAUUCGUGAAAAAUCUAAAUGGCAAGAACUACUCCAUGACAUUCAAUAAUCUUCUGAAACCAAUUUCUGUGGAGAACAGCUCACGAAAGAUCAAAACCGAUAUGGUCCUCAUAUUAUGUAGGAAGAAGCAAGAGGAAAAAUGGGAGUGCCUAACUCAAGUGGAAAAAGAGACAAAGGAAAAGGAGAAAGCAUCAUACGACACAUCAGAUCCGAGUGAGGGGUUGAUGAAUCUCCUGAAAAAGAUGUACGCUGAAGGUGAUGACGAGAUGAAAAGAACCAUUAAUAAAGCCUGGGUUGAGAGCAGAGAAAAGCAAACCAAAGAGGAUAUGCCACUAGAUAUUUGAACAAAUGGUGGGUUUUCUAUAUGGGGCUUCCGACGUGCCACUGAGAUCAGAAAAAGUGGCGUUUACACAACCACCUUCCAAGCAAAACCAGUGCUCUGCAUUUCAGGUUGGAGAAAUAAAAUAAAACAUACUGUAAAGUUAUCUCCUUCAAGUGUUUUGCCCUGCUUCCUUAAGGCCUUUGGUGCUUUUGUGAAACUGGCAAAAAACCCUACCUUUGACGUAUCUUGUGUUGUCUGAAUCAGUACUGACCGUCUGUUCCACCUGUAUCCUCAGCUUCUCCCAUCAUGGAACUCAAGAUAGGCUGUCAUCUAGGUCCCAAGCAGCCCCAGACAAGUAGCAAGGCUGCUGAGGCAUAUUCCUUCCAUAUUGCUCUCUGCCACACUAGGUUACGUAGAGGACUUGCUACUAAACUUGGAAGGAGCUUGGUUCAUGGGAGAUUUGUGAAGUUGCAAGCUGCUGUUUGCCUUAGCUAAAUUGAUCGUACGAUUCAUGGCUCAAAGGAGCAUCUCUAAGUCUGCUAAGCAAAGAGGCUUCUAGAAAGAUGUUAUUUGAGACCAAAUCUGUUCCUUGGCUUCAUGAAAAGAAAGAGAAGAGAUUGGAUUUAUAUCCUGCCCUUCACUACCCAAAGGAGUCUCAGAGUG